UGGGCCUGGAGCUGCUGGCCCGUAUUUCAGCAUCCUUUGGGGGUGGAGACGUGGCAAACGGAGCCUCGGGCUGCGCCGGGGACCCUGGAGGGGGCUGCCACGGGCUCGGGGCUCAUGGAUGUGGACAGAGCGACCGGAAAGAUGUCGUCCCCUGCCUGCGCCAUGGGUCCCUUGGACAGCGUGGAACUCCUUGACCUGCUGUUUGACCAGCAGGAUGGCAUCCUGAGAAAUGUAGAGCUGGCUGAGGGCUGGAGCCUCGCCUCGGAGGAGCAGAAGGUUCUACCACAUUCUGACUCUGAUGACUUCCUGACUUCCAUCCUGGGGCCUGGAGACUCUGACCCCAGCUCCCCCAUAUGGUCCCCCACCGACAGCGACAGUGGCAUCUCCGAGGAUCUACCCUCAGAUCCCCAGGACACCCCUCCCCGUAGUGGCACUGGACCAGCUAACACGGCAGCCAGGGGUCAUCCAAGCCAACAAGGCAAGGGGCCUUGCCCCUCCUACCUGCCCAGCACCCCGUGCCCUGUGCCUCCAAGGACACAAGUCCUUGAGUCCUCCGUGGCUAUUGACCUGGACAUGUGGGGUACGGACACGCUGUACCCAGAGGAGCAGACCGGCUCGCCCUCUCGCUUCAAUCUCACCGUGAAGGAGUUGCUGCUAUCCGGUGGCGGUGGAGACUUGCAACAGCAUUCCUUGGCCGCCUCCCAGCUCCUGGGGCCUGGGAAUGGGCAUUGCCAGGAGCUGGUGCUGACGGAGGAUGAGAAGAAGCUGUUGGCUAAAGAGGGGGUGACCCUCCCAACCCAGCUGCCUCUCACCAAGUAUGAGGAGCGAGUGCUGAAAAAAAUCCGCAGAAAGAUCCGGAACAAGCAGUCAGCCCAGGAAAGCAGGAAGAAAAAGAAAGAAUACAUCGACAGUCUGGAGAGCCGGAUGUCGGCGUGUACCGCCCAGAACCAGGAGCUGCAUAGGAAGGUUUUGCAUUUGGAAAAGCAGAAUCUGUCCCUUCUGGAGCAGCUGAAGCACCUGCAGGCCCUAGUGGUCCAGUCCACCAGCAAGCCCGCCCACGCGGGCACCUGCAUAGCGGUCCUUCUGCUGUCCUUCGUCCUGAUCAUCCUCCCCUCCAUCAGCCCGUUCACCUCCAACAAAGUCGACAGCCCUGGAGAUUUCGCGCCAGUGCGAGUGUUUUCCAGGACCCUCCACAACCACGCUGCACCCCGCGUGGCUCCCGACGUCACCCCCGGGUCCGAGGUCCCAGGACCCUGGCCCGACGCUGGUACGCCCCACAAAGGGCCUCCCUCCGGCAGCCUCGCUGCAGACUGGGGGAAAUUUCUGGAAAUACCAAUGCUGGGCAACCCGACGGAAGAGCUGGACAACUCCACCCUGCUGCUGGUCAACUCCACGGAGGAGCUGGGCAGGGCCGCCCUGCUGGCCUGGCUGCAGCCGCUGCUCAGCCCGGGCCGGGUGGGGCUGCAGAUGGCAGAGGAGCAAAUGUGGCUGUCUUGGAUCCCCACGUGGCUCAGGGUCCGUCUGCUGCAGGGUGCCCUGGGAGAGCUGUGACGGGCAGUGACAGGCCCAGACUCACGGAUAACCCCCGGCCUGACGGAGCCUCCUGGAGGCGCUGACCCACAGAUUAGGUGGAAGUGGGGCCGCCAGGCACAAAGACAUGAAGAGCCUGCUGUAGGACAUGGCCUAGAUCCCUUUACCCAGACAGACAGACAGACACUUUACACAUAAUCGUGAUCCCCAACUCUCCCCUGAUCACCGGGCAGAUGCAGAGCCUGUGGGGAGCCAGGUUUCAUCACGGGCUGCGGCUGGACUUUAGAGGGGGUCCAGCCUGAGGACAGCCAUCUUCCUCUUUUCUUUCAGAGAUAGGGUCUCACUCUGUAGACCAGGCUGGCCUUGAACUCACAGAGACGUGGCUGCCUCUGUCCUGAGUGCUGGGAUCACGGGCCUGCGCCGCCUGGCUGAUCCCCCCUUUUCUAAGACUGUGUGACUUUCAAUAAAGUAUUUUGGCAGUA